AUGUCAAAAUGUCACGAAAUACAUAUUCUUUUAGUUGAUUUAGAUUCUCUAGUUGACACUCUUCACUAUGGUCCAUAUUCAUGCUAUUGGUGGAAUUUUUUUCCAGAAAAAAAAUCUGAUAGAUCGUAUGACUGUUUUCCAAUUCGACUAGGACAAAAAAUGUGUACUAAACUUAAUAGACACGAUUUUUAUGUCUCAAUACAUCAUGGAAAUAGAAAAUAUGCAAUGUUACCUGAGUUUCAGUGUCAAGGCAGUGAAUUUUCAAAUACAGGAUCCACUGCUAGUGAGGUUAUAUCAACAGUAUAUAAACUUAUUUUUCAAAAUGAAACACGAUAUUCAGGACCAAUGGUUAUAGGAUGGAACAAUGAGAAAAUUGUAGAAGAACUAGUACAAGAUGUUGAAUUUUUUCCUUUUACAACUAGUAUUGGUCAAUAUACAAUUUUCAUUUAUAGCAUUGGAUUUUCAAUGCAUCAAGAUUGGUAUAAAGCGGGAAAUGGUUACAAAGCUUCACUUAUUCACAAGUAUUUACAAAAGCCAGCAAUAUUCGUAUCAAGAAUCGAAAAUGAUGAAUAUUUUAUUGAUAUUUAUUAUGAUUGCAAAUUAUACAAAACUUUUAGAGAAGCAACUCCUGAUAGAGUUUGGAAAGUGUCGAAAUUAAUUCAAAAAUUUUCAGGAAAACAAUUAUUUGGUUUAGAGGAUCCAUUAAUAUGUAAAUUACUUCACGAAUAUUGGAUUCCCAAAUAUGCACCAGAGCAAUGGAAUGAUUUGGAGAUAAUGAAUACUUUAUUCAAUUAUUAUCUUCGGUGCAGAACAUUGGCAUCUUUGUGGACUAAGUCAAAAAAAGCUAAUAAUGACAAAGAAAUAUUACAAUGUUUAUUUGGUAUGGGAUUUCUUGCCACCAUUCCGGCACACAUUCCCAAUACUUCACGCAAAUUCUGGACAUGUUUCAAACACUCUUUAGAUGAUAACAAAAAAACUUGUAAUGGCAAGCACCGAGUAUUAUCUAUAAUAGCAAAUGACUUUACCUAUGAAAAAAUGCAAGAGAAUUUGAAAGUAGAAACACAUACCAUUAGUGAGUCACGAAAACAUGCUAUAUUAAAUGGAUAUGGAGCCCCUUCUCUUGAAAAGCCAAUUUCUCAAGCCAUCAAACGUUAUGUCAAAUUGGGUUCCGUUUUAGAAUCUGGUGAGGAUAUUGAAAUGGCAAUCAAAGAUAUAAGUGGAACUUAUGUAGCUAACUUAAUGCCUAAUCGCUCACAAGAUAAUAUUUAA